AUGGUAUUCGAACAUUUGGCAGCAUUUUUUAUCGAUAAAUUUUUGGGAAAUUAUAUUGAAGAUUUCGAUUCUCAUCAAUUAAAAAUUCAUUUAUGGACUGGUGAUAUUAUUCUUGAAAAUGUUCAUUUAAAAACCAAUGCACUCAAUGAUUUUAAUGUUCCACUUGAAAUAAUAACUGGUUAUCUUGAAAAACUUCGAAUUCAUAUUCCAUGGAAACAUUUAUAUACAUAUCCAACGAAAAUUGAACUGGAUGGCUUUUAUUUACUUGUUACGCCAAAAACUGAUGUUAAUUAUGAUGUUGAACGAAAGGAAAAAGAAGAAUAUGAAUCAAAAAUGAAACAAGUUAAAAAAGUUGAAGAAUUUCGUCGUGAACGAGAAUUAUUUAAAAAAAAUAAACAAAAUCCUCAUCAUAAAGAUACAUUUUUCGAACGUUUAGAAUUUCAUAUUCUGAGAAAUCUUGAAAUUGAAAUAAAUAAUAUUCAUAUUGCUUACGAUGAUAAAACAACAAAAUCUUAUCCAUUUCAAUGUGGAAUUAUACUUAAUUAUAUUAAACUUCAUACAACAAAUGACCAAUGGAAAGAUUUUGAAUUAAAAGAAGAUUCGAAAAUAAUUUACAAAUUGGCACAAAUAAAUAAUUUAUCAAUUUAUUGGAAUUCAAACAUUAAAUCAAGAUUAGAUUUAUCUAAACAAGAUAUUAUUGAUGAUUUAAAAUCAAUUAAGCAACUUAAUUAUCCAAAAAUGAAUUUAAUUGUUCAAUCAUUAAAUUGUCAAGCUAAAUUAAAAAUUGCUAAAACAGCUCAAGAACAAGAUUUUGAAGAAACUGUUCUUGCUACUGAUAUUGACUUUGAAGAUAUUUACUUGAAUAUUAAUCGAAAUCAAUAUUCAGAUUUACUUGAUGUACUUGAAUGGAAAUUUGCAUAUACUGCUAUUCUAAAUGAACAUGUUCGACUACGUUUAGCAACAUUUAAAUGGGAAGUUAUUAAAGAAAAUCUGAAUAGAUAUAAAGAAUAUCGUGAAAUUUAUUUGCAAGAACUAAAUCAUCAUAAAAAUGAAAAACGUGCUCAAGAAUUAGAAAAACAAAUUGAUCUUUUUAAUCUAAUUUAUAUUCGUCGAACUGCACAAAUUCAAAUUAAUAUUCAAUUAUUUUCAUUUAAAAUAAAUCUUUUAUGUUUAAUUUAG